CGGACGCAGCAGUGUUUGGAAAUAACGUUACUUCCGCAUGAUCUGAUUCCAGUGUCUGGCUGCAGCAACUCUCCGUUUUAACGGCUUGGGCUGGUGUUGAAACUGACUGUAUGCAUGCUGUACCCCUCUACCAAGGCAAGAUGACACCAUUUUCUAAGAACAAGGUUUCUGCUUCGCUCUGGAUAACGAUUGUAAUCUGUUUCGUUUCUCUCUGUGAUGGUGGCAAAGUCUUGGUGGUACCUUUGGAGGGAAGUCACUGGGUGAACAUGGAAGUCCUCGUCAAAGCGCUACAUGGUCGAGGACACAACGUUGAUGUAAUACGCACCUACAACAGCUGGUUUGUAAAGGAGAACUCAACUUAUUACAGCUCUAUAACCAUACCUAACACCAAAGGAAUGGAUGAAGAAUUUGUAGGAGACAUGCUUAACAAAGUAAUCGACUAUGAAAGAGGAAAGAGCAACUGGCUGAGUGCUGUAUGGCUGUACUUGGAUACGAUUCAUGUCAUUUAUAAAUCAAAUGAAAUGAUGUGUCAACUUUUAACAAACAUAUUUGAAAGUGAGGAAAUUCUGAAGACACUGAAGGAAAAGCAAUACGAUCUGGUGCUCACUGAUCCUGUAUGGGGAGCAGGCAUUCUCUUGGCUCAUAAACUUAAGUUACCCAUGGUAUACAAUGUGAGAUGGAGUGCUACUGGAGAGGGACACUCUGACAUUGCUCCCUCACCGCUGUCUUACAUCCCUAUCACAGGAUCUAGAAACACAGACAAAAUGAACUUUUUUCAAAGAGUAAAAAAUGUGUAUUUCUAUUUUCUGAUGCACAUUCUUUACACCCAUUUUAAUAUGCCACAGUACCAAGCACUUUGUGACAAAUAUUUUGAUCCACCUGUAAGUUUUUAUGAACUUCUCCAAGGGGCUGAUAUAUGGCUUAUGAGGGUUAAUUUUGUUUUUGAUUUUCCACGUCCAACAAUGCCAAAUAUCAUCUACGUUGGCGGUUUCCACUGCAAACCAGCAAAGACCCUUCCACAUGACCUGGAAGUCUUCAUGCAAAGUUCUGGAGAGCAUGGAGUCAUUAUCAUGUCUUUAGGGUCAUUUAUCAGUGUCUUACCAGAUGAUUUAACAGCUGAAAUAGCGGCUGCUUUUGCUACGCUUCCUCAAAAGGUAAUUUGGAGAUACACUGGAAAAAGACCAUCUACUUUGGGCAACAACACAUUGCUAGUUGACUGGAUGCCACAGAAUGAUCUGCUAGGGCAUCCAAAGACUAAAGUUUUUAUUGCACAUGGUGGAACUAAUGGGCUUCAAGAAGCUUUGUACCAUGGCAUUCCAGUGAUUGGAAUUCCUCUGUUUUUUGACCAGUACGACAAUCUUGUUAGAUUGCAAGUUAGGGGAGGAGCCAAGAUAGUUACCUUAACAACUUUAGAUAAAUACACACUGCACACGGCCAUACAAGAAGUAAUCAGUGAGCCAUCUUACAGACUGAGUAUGCAGAGGCUCUCUCAUCUGCACAGAGACACACCAGUUAAACCAUUGGACAGCGCUCUCUUCUGGAUUGAGUUUGUAAUGAGACAUAAAGGAGCUGCUCACCUUCGUUCAGAAUCUUAUAAACUGCCUUGGUACUCCUAUUACUCAGUAGAUGUUGCAGUUACAUUGUUGGCAGUUGUUUUGGUAAUCACUCUCUCCAUAUUUUUUACAGUUAAAUAUCUUUGUGUCAAGUGCUGCAGCAGAAAAAGGAAAACUGAGUGAUAUGUACAAUCUGGCCCAAAAACGAAAUAUCCUCCUGACCUUUUCAAGAAGUACAAGUCAGAACUUAAUGUCAUUAUUAAUCAUUGUACCAAGUUCAGUGUGUUGUUCAUUGCAUAAGUAAUAAAGAAAGGGACACAUAUGCACUUACAGUCAAACUGCUAAAUGAAUAAAUGUAAAUGUCUAAGCAGGUAUGGUAAUUCUAUUGCAAAAAGAAUCAGAAAUCUUAGACAAUUCAGAACACUGACUGUGCUUUCAUAUGUGCUAUUUUUAUGUAAUGUUUUUUUUUUUUUAAAUCUGAACUUGUCUUAAGUGAUUAUUUUUUACAAAAACAAAACAAUACUUAUUGAUGAAUAUAUUAAUAUUGCUCAAAUGAUAACAUUCACUAUACUGAAAAUAAGGUGGUAUGAUGCAGUGGUGUUUCCUAAUUAAUAUUUGAAUAAUAAUAGCCAUUUCACCUUCAACCCUGUAAAUUUUAACCUCAGACAUUUUGAAUGUUAAAAAUGAGACAUGACAUAAUAAAAGAAACAUGACGUGAAAAUAAAUGUAUCAAUUCAAAUACAUUGUGCAGUGACUAAAUGCAAUUUAAUCAACAUCUGUUUAAUUAUUAUACUGUACAUGCAGUUGCCUUCUUUUAUAAUUUUGAGGGAGACACUUUUGUUUUAAUUGGUCACUUUAUAAACUAAGAUGCAAUAUUGGGAGAAAAGUUUAUGUUAUCUGUAAAGUGCGGCAAACUCAAAGCUGCUAAAUUUAAACACUAACCUGACCUGUCAGUAACCAGUUAUAACUCACAAUGAUAUAUGCAUGCAAUUUCAACAGCACCCUGGACAAGCAUUUAGACUUAAUAAAAAUGUCAUUAUGGAGCAUCGCGUUAGUUCAGUCAGGCCACGUAGGUCAAGCUUGCAUCAGCAGACAGUCAGUGUACCAAUCCAGUCUUGACACCUAUCACCUGCGGUCUAUUUAAAGUCCCAUUUUUAAGUGUCUCUUCCAUUGCAUCGCUGCUUGCAAAUCAAACUGUUGCAGUUUGUUCCAGAACAUCUGAAAUCCACAACUAAGAUAAGUGAAUGCUCUUUUAAUCCAUUUAACUCCCUUUAAUCCAUCUAACUUUGUUCUUUCUUUACAGUCUCUUCAUUGGAAGCAGUCUCUAUCACAUUUUGUUUACAACUCAUGUAAUUGUGAAUUGUAAUUAUGUAUGCUUAUAAUGGUUCUGUUCUGUACCCCAGGGGGGUUUGUCUUGCUGCUCUCCCCACUCUGUUCAAGCAAUUUUAAAUACGUUGUUGGCACAAAAUAUGGAGCUGUGUUUAUUUAAUGGACAUGUAAAUACAGUGUUUUGGAGCAUACAUGUUUCUAUCAAUCACUAAGAAAUAAAGAGUCAAUAAUUUUUAAACAA